CAGAGAUUCUUUCAGUAGAACCUUCAGUUCAAUACAAAAAAUACAAGAUGAUCUUCCCAGUGGCCCUCCUUGGUGCCUUUAUCCUCCUUCCUGUCACCCUGGGAUCGGAAGAAUGCCACAAAAAUGAUACUCAGCUCUUAAAGUGCCACACAGACUUGCAGAACGAGCGUCUCGAAAAAUAUGCCAAGAUAUCAAAAUGGCAACAGGAUUAUUCCGAAUUGCUGAGACAACUUAUGGAUGAGAAAGAUAAAUAUGCAGAGUUGCAUUCGAAGCAGCAGGAAGUUGACAAUCUAAAAGCUUUAAUACAUCAACAAAGUGAAGAAAUAGAACUUCUAAAAGAUCAUAUUAGGGAACUAAAAGAAAAAAGUGAACUUGCAACGUUGACAAAUAAACUCAGCACAGACAUUGACAAAUUUGGAGAAAUAGUUAAAGCUGAAGGAGUCUUAACAAAUCAACAGGCUCAUAUAAAUAAUCAGACGACGCCGAAAACAGAAACCAUAGAUUUUCCAGAUUCUUGUCCACGAAGCCAAAAUGAAACCAGAGUCAUUCGCGAAAUCAAACUACCAGGCUCAGACCCGUUUAAAGUGCUUUGUUAUUCAAAUUCGAAUUUAGGAUCUAGAUGGAUGAAUGUUUAUGCAAAAGAAUUUAUUUCACGAAAAUUUAACGGCACGUAUGAGGAUUUUGAAAGUGGAUUCGGCGAUAUUAAUACUUACUUUGAAUUCUUUAUUGGACUCAAUCAAUUGCACCGUCUGACCAGUGGAAAGCCUUAUGAAGUGCUUUUAUUGACCAAUGGAAAUGAAAAAAGAUGUGACAAUUUUGUUGUAGGCGAUCGAACCGAAGGCUACAAAGUAAAAACUAUUAGCAAUUGUACUGGAGACGCCUGGCUGGCCCCUAAGCUGGGUUCCAAAUUUUCGACCUUCGAUCGAGACGAGGAUGGAGUUCCUGAUCAUAAUGUGGCGAAGGAAUUGGGCUAUGGCUGGUGGUUCGAUCCUGACAUGAGUACUUUAAACGUCGAAUUUCAUUACUUAAUCAUGUUCAUCCGAAGAAGAGAUUGACGACAAAAAACAGCAUUUCAAAACGGCCUCAGAAAGUGAAUUAUUUUUGAAAAGAAUACAGGAUAUAUAUAUGCACUAGAAUGUAAUUAUUAU